AAACGUCAAAAACAACGUUUGUGGUUAACUUGUGCAAAACAUUUCAAAAAAUUUGUUUGAAUAUUUCAAAAGUGUAACCGAUAUAUUUAUUACCAUGCCUAAAGUCCGAAGAAGCAAAAAACCUCCACCGGAGGGUUGGGAAUUGAUAGAACCGACUUUGGAUGAACUGGAGCAAAAAAUGAGAGAAUCUGAGACCGAAUCACAUGAGGGCAAACGUAAAAACGAAUCGUUGUGGCCAAUUUUCAAGAUCCAUCAUCAGAAAUCAAGAUACAUAUUUGAUCUAUUCUACAGACGGAAAGCCAUCAGCAGAGAAUUGUAUGACUACUGUUUGGCUGAGAAUAUUGCUGACAAAAAUUUAAUAGCCAAGUGGAAGAAACAGGGAUAUGAGAAUUUAUGUUGUCUUAGAUGUAUUCAAACACGGGACACAAAUUUUGGGACAAAUUGUAUUUGUCGAGUGCCCAAAGGGAAAUUAGAAGAGGGAAGAAUUGUUGAAUGUGUUCACUGUGGAUGUAGAGGAUGUUCUGGCUAAUUGAGAAUUCUUUUUAUUUACAUUGAUGUAAUUUUACCCUUAUUAUUGUACAAGAUAAAUAAAACACAAAAUAAUGAAAAUACAUUUA